GACGCGCCCUCACCCCAUUCUCCCCCACCGUCUUGGCCCCGCUCUGGGCCGGGGCUGCUGCCUUCCGCCUGCACGGCCCUGGGCCGGCGGCGCGGCGCUUCCUGUCUUCGGCCGGGCGCGAAGCUGCGCGCGCCGCCGCUGGGCGCCCGCCGCUGUCGUGACACAGCACUUCGGCACGCGCCACAGCUCGCGGCUGCGCAGGAAACAAAGCGGGAGGCGCUGAGCGCCGCCCUCGGAGUCGCUGCCGAGAGAGGGGACGCACUCGCGGGUCACGUACGAGGCAGAGAGACUGUUGAUUCCAGCAACAUGGAGAAUGAAGACAGCUUGAGGUUCCGCCAGCAGCUUCUGCUCAUUGACGAAAAUCUGAUGGCUGAAGAUGUAGCAGCUUUAAAAUUUCUCUGUACUGACUUACUUCCCUUCAGAAAACUAGAGAGUGUGAAGUCGGCAGUGGACAUCUUUCAGCUUCUCAUGGCUGAAGAAUAUCUGAAUGAAGAAGAUACUUUCCUACUAGCUGAACUGUUAUACAGAAUUAAAUGUCACUCCUUGCUCAAGAAGCUUGGUUAUACCAAGGAGAAAGUGCAAGAAUGUCUGCACAAGAAGGGAAGAGUGUCUUUGUACAGGCAGAUGCUGUAUGAAUUGUCAGAGAACAUUACCAACGAGAUGUUGAAGGAUAUUAUAUUCCUCCUGCAAAACCAUCUUCCGAAGCGACACAUAACUCUGUCUGCUCUGGAAUUGCUGAUUUUACUGGAAAAACAGAGCCUUUUAACUGGAGACAAUGUACAGAUGCUGGAGGAAGUCUGUAUGACAGUUUCACCUGAUCUCCUGGAAAUAAUAAACUGCUACAAAAGGGCAAAAGUGUCUCUGCCUCAGCAGGAGAACCUUCUGCAAGUCAAGGAAUCUUCACCGUCUCGCACUGGAGACAAACAAGUAUUCACUUUCCCACAGGAGACCUUGAUGGAGUCUGUUGGUUCUAAUAUCAAUGAUAACAAAGCAGCUAAUCUUACACAUGGCUUCUCUGAAGUUAACCUGGAGCUUCCUAGAGAAUUCAGCAAUGUAGAAAGUAAAUCCAAGAAUAUGACAAGCUACAAAAUGGAUGGACCACACCGAGGAUUUUGUCUAAUUAUUAAUAAUGUUAAGUUUGAUAAGUCACUUCAGGAGAGGAAGGGUUCUUGCAAAGAUGCUGGAGAACUGGAGCGAGUAUUCACGUGGCUUGGUCUGGAUGUGAAGACUUACACGGACCUGACAUCUCAGCAGAUUAAAGCUCUCAUGCAAACUUGGAAGCGUUUGCAGGAUCACAAAGACAGGGACUGUUUUAUAUGCUGUAUUCUAUCUCACGGAGAGUCGGGAGCGAUUUAUGGGAAAGAUGAGGAGCUUGUAUCAAUCCGCAUGAUCAUGUCGCACUUCACUGCCAAACAAUGUCCACAGCUGGCUGAUAAACCCAAGCUCUUCUUUAUCCAAGCAUGCCAGGGUAAAGAAAUACAGUGUCCUGUCUAUGUUGAAGCUGAUGCACGAAUUCCUGACUUGCCUUGCAUGCAACAGAACAUUUCUCCUUCUGAAAGUAUUCCUGAGGAGGCUGAUUUCCUCCUUGGCAUGGCCACAAUUGACGGAUAUGUCUCUUUCCGGCACGUUCAACAAGGUGCUUGGUAUAUUCAGGCCCUGUGCAGCAAACUACAGUUACUGGUACCAAGGGGUGAAGAUAUUUUGUCAAUUCUUACAGAAGUUAAUGAAGAUGUGGGCAGACGUGUGGACCGCUUGGGGACAAAGAAGCAGAUGCCCCAGCCAGCAUAUACCUUAAGAAGAAAAUUUAUAUUCCCAAUACCUAGAGACCCUCCUCCUUCACAGCAAUAUUGAGGCUUCUACAAUAUGUCUUUUUAUCAGCACGUCUCAUUUAACGCAGUUCACCACACUACCUGUUUUAAGGCAGUUUAACUAGAAUCCUGAGGAACUGUUAGUUUCAAGGCAAGGCCUUAUACAUUUUUGCCAAACAAACUGUGAAACUGGAAGAGACACAAUUAAAGUAGUGCAUGUGCCAGGUACUUAUAUCAUCUAUUAUUCAGAGUUACGAGAGUUGGGAGAAGCAUGCCUCUAUCACGUUAAACAAUUUUGUACUUGCACAGACUGCAGAUUUUAAAGUGUUUUUCAUACAGCAUAGGGGCUGCAUGUAGCCUUCCAUAUCUAAACCAGUUUUGUUAAUGGUCUGAUUUAGGCUCAUCAUGCUUUAUUUUGCAGGCUAACAAUUCUAAAUACCAUCUCUAAAUCCACUAAUUAUACUGUUGAAAAUCCACUAAUUAUUUUCUGUUGGAAAAGACAAAGGUGGGAAUGAGGAGGAGAAAGCUUAAAAACCAAGUGGAAAAGGAUUCCUUCCAUCUCCGAUUUAAAUAAUAUUUAACUUAUUGGAGAACCAGUCAACUAUUGAAAUCAGAAGUUUGUUCCACAAGGCAGACUGAUACCAUCUAAUGGCUAACGUCAGCCUCACAUACAGUGAGUUCUUUCCGGAACUGAGUAACUUCUGGGACGUUGCUUCACUUCUGGGAAGAAAAGUUAGGGUAGAGGAUUUGCAUGUUGUGAAAUGUGGCAUUCAGAAGAGUAUCUGUAUAGGUUUAUCAGAUUUAUUAACUUUGUUAAGCAUUACAUUUUCUGAUAAUAAUUUUUUGUUCUAUGAGCUAAAAUGCAGCCAUAUGAGAAACAAGGAUCAUUGUUGAUAGAGCUUCUACAGAGCAUUUUGUGAGUUAACCGAAAUAACAUAAUGUGGCUUUGUUAAGAGCAUUUACUAUGGAGCCUAUGUCUUUUCCUGUUUGUUACUGCAUUAAAUCCAAACUUCUUUUUAAGUCUUGGUGAGAUAAAACUUACAUACUGGGGUAAGGCUUAUCAUUGUAUCUGACUGGCCCCUGCAUGAAUCAGGGGGAUUUUAACUGCCUCAGGGUUGAAGCUGAAGUGAAACUUAUAAGGUUACUUCUGCAAAACGCUGUAUUGUGUUUUGUUACGUGUGAUUGUUACAUAUAAUUACUAGCCAUAAGUUAGGGUGAAGACCUGAAAGAGUACUGUCUAGUGUGUUUUUAGCUUGCACUAUCCAGGAUUUUAAGGGAGAGAGGUUUGCAUCAUAUGGAGCAUUGAAAUGCAGCCAGUUUGCUGAAACGUAUUGGUCACUUUUUGACACGAUGAACUGGUAUUUGUGGGUUGCAUCAGAUUUUUAGUCUUCUCAGUUACUAUAGCUUCCAUACUUGUGGCACAAGUCACAAGCAUGCCACAGAAAGAAAAUGAUGUGGAUGCUAGUAGAAUAUAUAACAUAUUGUGAUAGAAUCAUGAAGUUUCUGGCUUUCAGUUACUCUUCAGACUUGGUACAGUGUUUUGUAUGUUUAGGUAUCAGUUGAAUUUUUAUCAGUACAGAGUAAACACUGACAACAAUUUUGACCUUG